UAACCUACGUUACCUUCUUGUAAUCCUUCCACCUUUCCAUUUUUCUGCAACAUCCAAACCUGCACGCGUUAACCACUAUAAAAGGACAUGAUCAGAUUUCCAAUCAGAAUAAUUGUGCUUAGCAAGUAGCAAGAAAUUACUAGACACAAGGGUUUCCAAUGGCUUGUUAUCAUUUACUGUUUCUUAUCCUGAUUGCUGCGGUCGCUUCAUUUCAAGCAAACUGCCAACUCUCCCCUGAUUACUACUCAUCCACUUGCCCCCAAGUAUUGCCUAUUGUUCAGGCAGCAGUUGCAGCUGCUAUAAAGAAUGAAACGCGCGUAGGGGCAUCCUUGCUCAGAUUACACUUUCAUGACUGUUUUGUUAAUGGCUGCGAUGGAUCAGUGUUAUUAGAUGAUAAUGCCACAUUUAUAGGUGAGAAAACUGCAGUUCCUAACAAUAACUCUGCUAGAGGAUUCAACGUGGUUGAUGACAUCAAGGCUCGAUUGGAGAAAGCAUGCCCCGGAGUGGUGUCCUGUGCUGAUAUUCUUGCUCUAGCAUCUCGUGAUUCGGUUGUUCAGUUGGGGGGUCCCUCAUGGAAGGUAAGGUUGGGAAGAAGGGAUUCUACCACUGCUAGCAGAAGUGCAGCAAAUACCUCCAUCCCCCCACCAACGUCCAAUCUAAGUGCUCUUAUUUCAAGCUUUUCUGCUCAGGGUCUCUCCAUAAAAGACUUAGUAACACUUUCUGGUUCACACACCAUUGGCCUGGCCCGGUGCACAUCAUUUCGACCACACAUAUACAAUGACUCCAACAUAGACCGUUCCUUCGCCGCCUCACGGCGGCGUACUUGCCCAAGAAGUGGAAAUGAUAGUGUGCUCGCCCCCCUUGAUCGUCAAACACCAACCUUUUUUGAUAAUUUAUAUUACAAGAAUCUGUUGAACAAGACGGGUCUACUUCGUUCAGAUCAAGAGCUCUUCAAUAGAAGUUCUACUACUGCUCUUUUGGUUAAAAGCUAUGCUACCAACACUUCAUUAUUUUUCCAGGAAUUUGUCAAGUCUAUAAUCAAAAUGGGAAACAUCAAGCCUCUCACUGGAAGUGCUGGGGAAAUCAGGAUCAAUUGCAGAAAAAUAAACUGAAACUUGUUUCUCAUACUUAACAAUAAGAAAUUACAAAAUGUCUAAGGGAGUCUGUAUGUUGAUCUUUAGAUCAACUCUGUCUGUUUAAAAUGUUUGGAGUGAGUUCGUUUAUGCAAAUCAAUCUUGUCCCUUGCUUUCACUCAUUUGAAUAAAUUUGUACAUUUUCAUGGAAA